AACAUAUUUUUUCUAAGAUUCUGAUGCUCUCUCGAUAGUCAUAGACUGGAAAGAAAGCUCUCAGAUGUUGGUCUCUCUGGUCCAGAAAGAAAGCCAAACAAGAGGCAAAAACAAUAUCUCAAAUCCUAUGGAGAUGGGGUUCAAACAUUUCUUCUUUGCAUUGCUCGCUGGUUUGGGUCUUAUACUUGCUGUUCAUGCCCAGGAUCAAUCAGUCGUCCCAGGCUUCAUAAGCAUAGCUUGUGGGGCGAAUUCUAGCUUUACGGACAAGACAACAGGAAUUAAUUACACUUCAGACGCGACCUUCAUAGACUCAGGUAUAAUUAAUAGCAUAUCACGUAGUAUCACACCUUCCUAUCAACGACAGGUAUCGAAUCUCAGAAGCUUUCCUCAAGGAAUCCGCAACUGUUACACCAUAAACGUCACAGCAGGCACUAAAUACUUGAUCCGGGCAAUCUUCUUGCACGGGAAUUAUGAUGAAAAAGGUAAUUUACCAGAAUUUGAUCUAUAUCUUGGAGCAAAUAUGUGGGACACAGUCAAAGUGGUAAAUUCAUCGUUUAAUGUCACCAAGGAGCUCAUACAUGUCCCGUCUCUAAAUUAUACACAUGUUUGUCUCGUAAACACGAGCCACGGGACACCAUUUAUAUCGGCAAUAGAGUUAAGGCCAUUGAAAAAUACAUCCUAUAUGACAGAAUCUGGAUCAUUGGCACUUGUUUCUCGCUGGGAUGCUGGAUCAAAUCAAUCAUACAGGUAUCCAUACGACAUUCAUGAUCGCUUUUGGGUACCCUAUAGCAACAACUCUAACUGGAAAACUUUAAGUACCAAUUCUACCACUAUUGACUCCCAAAGUCACAAUGAUUAUCAACUACCAUCUAUUGUCAUGAGUACUGCCGCCAAACCGGCAGAUGAUAACACUCCUUUAAAUUUCACCUGGGACUCAGAUAAUUCUACUGAAUAUUAUGUGUACAUGCAUUUUGCUGAAGUGGAAAAGCUCCAACUCAACCAGUCCAGAUCAUUCAACAUUACCCUCAACGGGAAGUACUGGGAAUAUGGACCCAUUGCUCCUCAGAACUUAUCGACAACCACUCUGAAUAGCACACCGGCCAUAAAUGGAUCAGCCAAAUAUGAAGUUUCAAUCUUCAAAACGAAGAAUUCAACACUUCCACCUAUCAUCAAUGCAAUUGAAAUAUAUUCGGUGAAAAAUCUCUUUAAAUUAGAAACUUACCGAGGAGAUGUUGAUGCCAUUGCAAAAAUCAAGUCAACGUAUGGAAUAAAGAGAAUUUGGCAAGGAGAUCCGUGUGCCCCUAAAGGAUACCCGUGGGAAGGUCUAAAUUGUAGCUACGAUGGUGAUCAUACUCCUCCUAGAAUCACAUCCUUGAACUUGUCCUCAAGUGGAUUGGUUGGAGAGAUAUCUACCGACAUAUCAAAUCUCGUAAUGUUACAAUAUUUGGAUCUAUCUAACAACAACUUAACUGGACCCGUGCCUGGUUUCCUAUCUCGAUUACAAUACUUAACCGUCUUAAACUUAGAACGAAACCAGUUGUCCGGUGUAGUUCCAACUGAACUAAUUGCAAGAUCAGAGAAUGGUUCAUUAUCAUUAAGUGUGGGCGACAAUCCAAAUCUAUGUGGAUCUCGUUCGUGCAAAAAGAAGAAGAACAAUUUUGUUGUUCCAAUAGUUGCAUCACUUGGCGGAUUGUUGAUCCUCUCAUUAAUUGUUGCUGCUACCUUGUUGGGACUUAGAAGGAGAAAACAUCAAGAUGAGACUAAAGUUGUAAUGAUAGACACUAAAUCCAACAUUCAAAAUGCAACAUUGGAGUCAAUACAAGGACAAUUUACAUAUUCUGAGCUCUUAAAAAUUACCAACAACUUUGAGCGGAUUCUUGGUAAAGGCGGAGUUGGAACAGUUUACCGUGGCAACUUAGAUGAUUGUCAAGUAGCAGUGAAGAUACUCUCUCCUUCAUAUGUUCAAAGGUUAUUACAGCAAUUUCAAUCAGAGGUUAAACUUCUUAUGGGGCUUCAUCAUAGAAACUUAACUAGCCUUGUUGGGUACUGCUAUGAAGGAACUAACAUGGGACUCAUUUAUGAGUACAUGGCCUAUGGAGACUUAAAAGCACACCUUUCAGGUGAGAAGGCAAAUAUCUUAAAUUGGGAAGAUAGACUCCGAAUAGCGUUAGAUGCAGCACAAGGAUUGGAGUAUUUGCACCAUGGUUGUAAGCCACCUAUAAUUCACGGAGAUGUGAAGCCUACAAACAUCUUGUUAACUGAAAAUUUAUGUGCCAAAUUAGCGGAUUGUAGCCUAUCCAAAAUUUUCCUCAAUGAUCAUGGCACCCAUGUGUCAACUAAUGUUGUUGGCAACCCUGGGUACCAAGACCCCGAGUACUACAUAUCAAACAAGUUAACGGAGAAAACUGAUAUUUAUAGCUUUGGUGUUGUUCUUUUAGAAAUAAUCACAAGUCGGCAUGCAAUAGAAAGAUCUCGAGAAAGGACUCACAUAAGUCAAUGGCUGAGUUCCGAGCUUGAGAAAGGUAAUAUAAAAGGUAUUGUUGAUCCAAGGUUGCAUGAAUAUUUCAACAUCAACUCUGCUUGGAAAGCUGUCGAAAUAGCAUUGGAUUGUUUAUCUCCAACAUCUACAAAAAGGCCAACUAUGAUUCAAGUAGUGGACAUACUAAAUGAGUGUUUGUCACUUGAAUUGGCUCGCAGGAAGCUGGAGGGCCAUAAGGACGAAACAAUUGAUUUUAUUGAAAUUAUCAACAUGAAUUUGAGUACUUAACUCACUCCUUGAACAUUUUUCACUUCCUGUACUUUUUUUGUUAGUGCAUAAUGUACUUCAAAUGAACCAUCCAUGAUGGUUCUAAUGGACUAUUUUGUUUGUAAUAUAUAUGUACUAAAUUUACCAUUCA